CAAUAUGCGAAUAAGAUGUAUUCCUUGCUUACGGGGUUCAAUUUUCACCGCUCUAAACAAGCAAAGAAGACACCCAUUAAGAAUGAGAGUGAAAUUCCACACUAAACUCCAUGAAAGCCACCAUCUUUGAUACAACUAUUCAAACACCCACAGCUCAGAAUCCCUUAUUUAAAAGAAAUUGCUGAAAAAUCUUCACUUUUUCCACUAACCCAGAAAGCCAAAAAGAAAAAAAAAAUGGAUUUUGAUGAGUGGGAGUUCAUCCCUGCUGAUGGUUUCCUCGAUUUCUGUGAAGAUGGGGUGAAGAAGAAGAUCCAUUACAGCAACUGGGGUUCUGAUCCAAAGGGUGUUUUUGACAUGAAUUAUUUCGAUUGCCCAUUACAAGAUUCCAGGAAAACCACCACAAGAAGAGAAAAUCCAAGACCUCCUAGUCAGCUUGUUCCUGUUCCAAUAAUCCCAGUUCAUCUGAAUCCAACGGUUGGAAAAUCAUCCCUAGCAGAUGAUCAUGAUCAAUUGGAGAAAGAAAUCACAGACGAAGCUGGAGAAGCUGAUCAGGAUUCCGUUUCCCAAGUCUUCUUCAAGAAAAUGAAGAAGGAAAAUGAAUUUGUCGACACGAUGAAGGUGGACUCACCAAAGUCCCCUACAACCACCAGUAGAGGAUUCAUGCCUCAAAUUGAUGCUUCCACGUUUGAGUUUGAUGAGGACAAGGAGGAAGGAUUGAGAUCCAAGGAAGGCACAAAGAGCUUAGAGGGAGAGAAUAGUUGUGAUGAUGAUGGUCUUAGUAUAUGGAAAUUGGGCCUCACUGGGAUUGGAGCCAUUUGCUCUUUUGGUGUUGCUGCUGCCACAAUUUGCGUUCUUUUUUUUGGGAGUCACCAAAAGAAUCAGCAGAGCAGCCACAAGAUCAGGUUUCAGCUUUACAAUGAUGACAAGAGGAUGGAGCAAGUGGUACAACAUGCUACAAAGUUCAAUGACGCAUUUACAGCAGCUAGAGGAGUGCCUCUUACCAGAUCUGCUCAUGUAACCUUUGGUGGUUACUAUGAAGGCCUUUAAAUUAAUAUCUAAAGUUGAUGUAUGUGCUAUGCCAGUUUUACCAUAUAUAUAUAUAUACUUAUAUAUAUAUAUAUAUAUAUAUAUUUAAGGUAUCUAUGUUGUACAUAGUUUGUAUGGAACAUUUGUAUAGAUUCUAAGCCUUUAAGCUCCUACAACUGCUGCUCUGUCAAUUAUUAAACCAAGAAUUUUGUAGUGGUGUACAACAAAAUACCUUACUGCUAGUGUACUGUUUGUUACGAUCAGAUUACAUCAAAAUUGUGUCAAGAGGAGAAAAGUAAACAAUUUUAAUGGAAUUUGAUGAAAAUCUGACGGUAUAAGAUUAUGCACUAGUGAAAAGAUAUUUAUUUUAUACAAUACUACAAAUUCUCCUUAUUAUAUUUCAGGUUUCAGAUGUUUGAGGCACUCAAAGGUUUGUUUCGUGGUGUUUUGUGGGAUCUGGUAGUGGCAGGCAGUGACUAAUACAUUUAUCCUUCGCAAGAAUAGUAAAAAUAGUGACUACAUUUUCAAUUCCAAUAAUUGUUCUGUAGACAAAAGAGUAUACCAUUGGGCUGUAUCACGUUUCUUAUAAAUGUUUCAAUCUUGUCUUAUAAAGGG